CUAAAGAGAGGGUCAGUUCUUUUGGAGAAGGGCCAAGAGCCCAUUUUGGGUCACUCUCCAGGAGACUGCUGAGCUCUGCCAAGCUCCCCGGAGAGGAUUACUCUGAUGUUAUGAAGCCACAGAACUGUGGUCACCACGGUCUUGAAGACUGAUGCCGUAUCACCACGGUACCUGCGAUGUAUGUCUGGGGUCGGGUGCGGUUGCCACAACCCUUGUCUCUGUGCAAUUUGUCAACCUGUGUUUUCAGACGUGAUGUUAGUUUGACUUUUUACACGGGACGAGAAUAAGAUCAUCAGCCCACCUCAUUCUAAUAUGAAACAAAAGCCAUUGUGACUGAAAUAGAGAGUUCGAUGUGACUCACUCCGCCAUAAAAUAUGCUUUGUACACGGAGUUCCAAAGAGAUUUAUAACUUUCAGACACCAUUUUAUUUUAGCCGGUACUGAUUAAACUCAAGAGUGGACAAAGUCUCUUUGAGCCCCGAAAAUUGAAAGUAAUACCUCCCCCCCCCAAAAAAAAACCAAUGUCCGAGUUUUGAUGUUCACAGUCACAGAUUGCUGGAUGAAGCUGUUUUGUGCAUCUCUUUGUUGUCAUUGUACCAGCUGUUUCUCCCUCCUUUAGCUUGUCAGAGCUACUCCCACCAGCCCAAGGCAGCACCAUCAGACGAUUGUAUGAAAGGAAUUUGAUUUAAUUCUCCAUAUCGUUCUUUUAACUAGAGACGGCGUAAAAUCAAAUUUGGCUAAGCUUACAAGGGCGCCAUUUAGAAUGAUGGAUUCUCCCAACUACCAGCAUGUAGUGUAAAACUUUUAUUUUCCCCUUUCUUUAUUUUAGGUUAAACAUGUCUCUCGGAAUGACUGUACUGUUGACAGUAUGUAUUUCAAACAGGCUAGCAAUGCCCUCUGCUGUAAUUGGAACUUCCAAAAAUGAGAUGGACCCCAACUUUUAGAAUAUUAUUUAUGACCUUAAAACCCUCCCUCAGACUUUUUGACUAGGUAAAUGGCUUGCUAAUAUCAAGAAGAUUGGAGCUGAUUUAUUAUUUUAGGAUCUUCUAGCACGUUACCUUGCUCCGUAAGUCCUGAUGGCCAGGAAUGUUGUAGAAAAUGAAGCACGUCAGCUUUCAUUUCUCAUGAAAAUUGAAAUCAGCUUAACUCUCAGAUUAAUUAUCUAAUUCCUCUGAAAGCAUACAUGUUUUCUGUGUGUGUGUGUGUGUGUGUGUGCUUUUCUUAAAAACAUUUGAAAGCGCAUGUUUCAUUGUAACAGAGCUCAAAGUGGGGGGCUUAAAAUGAUCUCAUUUUGAGGGGGACACUUAUCUGCAAUGAUGAGAUAUUUUAAAAACUCUCUAUAUAUUAUGCAAGGGACAGAGAUGACGAGGGAGAUGGUCUUUUGGCAUUCUGUGACGGUGACAAAAAUCUUUAUUAAUUGGCAGUAGAAGAGAGGUGUGUUAGAAGAAAUCGAGAGAUCGCUUCAUGUGUUGCCCUGGAGGAGUAAUUUUUACACCUUGUCCAGUAUUUAAAUACCUCUCAGCUGCGAGAUGUCCAUCUGCAUACCCUUCCUGGGUCUCUAAACUAGUGUAUGAGGCAUGACCUUGUAACUUGCUUUUUGUUUAUACAUCUGUCAGGACAAUAUGUUAUCUUUCCUUAAAAAUGCAAACGUGCUCCCUGCAAUACAGAGCUCUUCAGUCAACAAAUAAAUUGAGGUAAAGACUGUACCUAAUACCCAUUUAAUUUAAAUUCAUUUUAUAAACAUAAAGACGCCUUUUAAGAGAAGCUUUAAUUCCUACUAGCACCUUGAUUUGUGGUUGCCAUGGAGAAUCAAAUCUGUCAUUUGACAAGAAAAGUCACCCAUUUAUGACAGCACUUUAUCUUGUCUCUCCAGGGGAAGAAAAUGUCAAAAGUGAGAGCAGAAAAAAAAUAAAGCCUUGAAACACCAGAAUUUCUUGAUUUCAUUUUUAUUAUUCAGCUAUCAUAUCCUUUCUGAUAAUAGCAACUUGGUGAAAAUAAAUAAUGUUCCUACAGUAAAAUCAAAUAUUUCCUAUUGGAAUGGACAAGGUUCUUUGUGACUGUCAGUGCUGUGAAGUCUGGCAAGAAAUAGUGUUAUUAGAUAAACCUACGGUGCCCAAAUCCCAUUUUCUUUUCAUUAUAGUGUCAAAAUAAUUAUACCUGUGUAAUUUGGGUAAGAAAUUGCAGAAUAAGUAAAAUGGUCCAUUGCAAGAGAUUGCUUUACGCUUGUGUUCCUUACAGGGUGGGGUUUCUCCCAGCUGAAGAAAUAAAUGCUGGGUGAAAAGUAUUUUCAUUUGAAUAAAGAUGUAGAGUAGGUCUUCCAUAUUAUUUGCUAAAUGGGUAGGUAAGUGCUGUGUUCUGUUACUUUUCCCACACACCUAUUUUUGCAAAUCCGAGUAAAAAGGUGGAAUAUUUCACCUGGUCACAAACCGGGAUUUUAUAUUCUCCCAAAGAUUUUAAAAAAUAUUUCAUCCGACCUCAUGCUUGCCUGGGCUGUUGAAAGUGGAGUUCUACUUUAAGAGGUUGGAAACAUGUAAGGUUCUGAUCCAGAUUGGAUCCGCUGAUUCCUUACAGCUUGCCAUGUGCCUGUGUAUGGUGUAUGUGAGUACUAUACAUAUAUGGACACAUGUAUGUUGGAAGGAUAUUUGCUUGCCUGUUACAUUCAUAGUUAAACUCUCUUUUGUGAGAUUUGCAUUGCAUUAAACAAAAAAUGUUGGCGUUCCGCUUUGAUAAGCACAUGAAAAUAAUCUGGGCUGCAUCUUUCUCGAGGGGCAAUGUUUUUGAUUGUUGGAGUAUUAUACAGCUUGAUGUGGUUCCGAAAUGAAGUAAUCUUGUAUCGAUGAGAUAGCAUUGUAAUAGCAAGCCCUUUAGUGAAGAUUUAGUGUAAAUAUCUGACUGGUAGGGGAGCUGGUUUCUGGAACAGUUGUGCUUCUGGGAGAUUACGAAAAUGGAGAGAAAAGAAAGGGCUGAACUCUCAUUUUCCUGAAAUUGGCGCAUGGUGCUCGCGUUGUAGCCACUGCUAGUUGGGAUCUGCUACGUGAAGCCUCCGGCCCCACGGUUCCUGUUCUGUGCGCCCAUGCCGGGGAUGGGAAGCACGGUGUGUUUGCUGCAAAGAGGAAGGUGGAGAGACAGAAUGACUAUGACUUGUGGCAAACAGUCCUACCCAUAAACAUCAAUAACAACGUAAUUUACACACGUAUCUUUUGAUUGCCUCAAUCGUGCGUGCUGGACAAACUGCGAAUUUUACCCAGUGGUUGAGCCAUUUGCCCUACUAUUUGUGUGCACAGGAGUUCUCAGUUGCCUAAAUGUGAGCCUUAGUGCUCUAAAGUAUGCUUUAAAGGGAUAUGCUCUAAAUAUGAAUCCGCAGAUGCACUACAGUUCUGAAUUAAUGCUGUCUUGUUGUUUAACAUCCCUUCCCUGUGUGGUCAUCUCCUUUGAUAAAGUUGUUACUUUAAUUUCAUGGAGAUGCAAAUGAACGUGUGGAUAGUUCCCCCGUCAGGACUCUGUUCUCUUCUGUGAUCACUGAGUGUAUUUGUUGUGUAUACCUGGCAGAAUGUGUCCACAGCAGCUGAUAAUAAAAUUGCAGUGUAGCACCAUAAUCAUGAUUUACGUAGAUGCUCUAGGAUUGUGUAGAUAGCAGUGAGGAGGAUUUGCUUGGAUUCAGUGUGUCUGAACAUACUAGGUGGGGUGGGUUUUUGGGUUUUUUUUUUUUUUGGCUUUCAUUUUAUCAGAUUUUUAAUUUUUAAGAUUAUAUUUUAAUCUUAUUAGUACAACCUUCUCUGAUUUCUGAUUUCUAUUAAUUUGUGAAUGCUUUUCUUUACCUUUGUUUUUUGUUUGUUUGUUUUUGGUAAGUUUCAUAGUGAGGAUUAGCAAAGACAUUUAAGAACGUGGUACAGAUGUGUGAAUGAUAAACUCUGGCUUCAGCAGCCUGGAAUUCUGUUAGCACAAGAUACCCUUCUUCAUAUUCUAGUAUGAGAAUCCGUGUUUGUGUGUUCUGCUUUUUUUGAGGGUAAAUGACACGUGUCUGAGAUAAGUCGCCAGGACACUCUUUUUCAUAUGGGGCAUUUUCUUCAGCAGUAACCUACAAACACCCUUUCUUUAAAAAUAAAGCUACUAAUGUUAGUUGACAUAGAUUUUUUCACAGAAACCAACCCUGACUCUGGUAUUGCAUGGGUUGAUUUUAAGAGGAUUGCCCUGUUGUUAAUAAUAAAAAGACUUAGCCUACCUGGCCCUUGCUAUAGUUGGGUCACUGUGUAAUUUAGGUAUCUCCCAAUAUGUCUCUGAAGUAGGAACUGCUAUAAUGUCCAUCUUCCAGGGCAGAAACUUAGGUUUAAACAAGAUAAAGACACUGUCCUGAGUCCCAUAGCUAGCGUGUAUGUGGAGGAGAUGAGAUUCUAACAGCCUGCUCUCACGGUCCCCCAAGGGAAAAACAGAGAGGGCUGCGGGUCAAAGGAACACUUAAAAUAAACUUUCGUCGCUAUUGUGAUGCUAUCACCUCGUAUAGAACAUAUCAUUUCAGUACAUGGUGAACUAACUCUCAUGUCUGAAAAAUUAAGAGUUUACAGGAAAAACCGGCACUUUCCUUUGAAUGUAGCUUCUUGGCUUCUGCAAUAAUGAAAGUAACAGAAACCCUUAUUUACAUUUCAGAAAUAGUUUCCUCAAAUUUCCUGUUUUGCCAGACUUUUGUGUGUCCCCAUCUCUUUCUCUUUGUUCCUGCUGCCCACAUGUAAAGCAAGAACAACUAGUUUGUCGGUUUCAUCAAGAAGUGUGUGUACUACAGCUCUCCUAGGGAAGGGCUGUUGCUGCCGCCCGAAUUCUGCAGUAACCAAAGCAAGGGCAAGUGUCGUUCUUUCCACAGACGGACAUUUUCACAGACAGGCAUUAACGCCUCUCCCUGAGCUUGGCAUGACUCCGUGGCUGUGCUUUUUGGAAACGCUUUGUCCAAGUUACUGUACCUCAAGGCUUGCUUUGUUGUUUUAUUAUUGUAGUCAAAUUAUAGUCACGUUUUAAUCACUUAAGUGAAGGAAAAAGAAUGCUUUGGACUCAAAAGUGAAUUGGUAGCGUUGAUGACAUUGUUCUUGCACAUCCCAGCAGAUCUGCAAUGGUAGAUAAAGAAAGCAUAAUUGUGCCUGAAGUUCCCACUGCAUAUCCGCCUGUAACUGUUAACUAAUAGUGCUUUCCUUUUUUUUUAGGUAACCUGCAUCGGGGAAAUUGAAACCGUUGGAAGUACAACCCUUUAAAAUAUUUUGACUUCUUGUAUUAAUGAAAAACAUUUGGGUUUCCUCCCAACUUAAAACUUGGGGCUUUAAACGCGUGAAGUUGAGGGAGGGACUCAGAAGCAAAAGCAUCUUGCUUCUUUCUCACGUUGCAGUUAGUUAAUUCUUUGAAAUACCGACCCAUUCAGCACUGAGAAGUUCUCAUCGUCCAUUUGAUCCAGUUUGUAUCGCAAGCGGUGUUUUCUUAAACAUGUCAGGAGUUUUUAUUUAGGACCCCUUUGAGAGCUAGUUUUCAAGUUUUCUUUAAUUAACCAGGAAAUGUGUUUAAUGACUAAAGGCUAACGUGGAACCGGUUAUUUAUUGCUACUUGUUACAAUCAGUUGGUUUGGUUCUAGAUAAAAAGUGAGUAUUGGAUUUAGGGGCAGUGCUUUCGCUCGGUAGCUGGUCUGUUUAUUUGGAAGGGGUCUGUACAUGCAGAUGCAUUCUGGGUUGUAUGCCUCUCCAUUUCAGAUGGGGGUGGGCUGGGGUGGGAGCCGUGUGCUGGUGCAGACAUUUCCAUGUCUGCCCGUCAUUUUCUAAGAAGAGUUGAGCACUAAAAGCAUGUGUAUGUGUUACUGAGAAUGCACACAUUUCCUUUAAGAAAGUGACUAUUUUUAAAGAGAUAGAUAUCAUUCAUAAGAAUUCGAUAACGGUGUCCUUGCCCCAUUUACUCUGGGGCAUGUACAAAGCUGUGACAUGCUUUUUGAAGUUUUUGCAGAUUACGCAGUUGCAAUAUGUUGAUCAUUUUAGCAAUAGAUUAAAACCAGGCCGUAAAUCUAGCACAGAACAAGAUGCCCAUUCGAAGCUGUGCAGGUGUUCUUCAACUGUAGUAGACCCCAGGACUGCCUUAGUGCCAGUGAUUCUGAAGAAGCCGGUCUGAGAGGGGACCUAGAAAUCUGUUCUUUUUUUUUUGUUUGUGUUGUUUUGUUUUUUAUAAGCACCUUUGGGCUUCAAUUCCAGGUGUUUAUUCCAUAGGCUUUUACAUCAGUUCUGGAAGUCAGAGAAUCAUCCUUACCAUCCAUUAUUAAGAGCAAUUGCAUCAAAAUUCCUCUACAGCAACAUUCCUCAUUCCUUGUGUCCCUCCGUGUGUUGCAGUCCUGUGGCAUUAUGCCUGCCUCCAACCAGUGACCCCCCCCCCAGCUUUUUAUGGCUGUGAGACUCGUUAGAAGCUCAGGGGUAAGAAGUGACCUUUUGAGGUGACUAUACCUGAAGAUUGCUUUCCGGAAGCCAAAAAAGGUUUUUGAGUCAUGAUGCAAGAAUCUGGGACUGAGACAAAAAGUAACGGUUCAGCCAUCCAGAACGGGUCAAGCGGCGGCAACCACCUGCUCCCGUGCGCCGGGCUUCGCGAGGGGCGGUCCAACGGGGAGACGACGGCCGCGGACGCGGGGGCGGCCGACCUCGCGCACGUGCAGCAGCAGCAGCAGCAGCAGCAGGCACUUCAAGUGGCAAGACAGCUUCUCCUUCAGCAGCAACAGCAGCAGCAAGUUAGUGGAUUAAAAUCUCCCAAGAGGAAUGACAAACAACCAGCCCUUCAGGUUCCCGUGUCAGUGGCUAUGAUGACACCUCAAGUUAUCACUCCCCAGCAAAUGCAGCAGAUCCUGCAGCAACAGGUGCUGAGCCCUCAGCAGCUCCAGGUCCUCCUCCAGCAGCAGCAGGCCCUCAUGCUCCAACAGCAGCAGCUUCAAGAGUUUUAUAAAAAACAACAGGAACAGUUGCAGCUUCAACUUUUACAACAACAACAUGCUGGAAAACAGCCUAAAGAGCAGCAGCAGGUGGCUACCCAGCAGUUGGCUUUUCAGCAGCAGCUUCUACAGAUGCAGCAGUUACAGCAGCAGCACCUCCUGUCUCUGCAGCGCCAAGGCCUUCUCACAAUUCAGCCCGGGCAGCCCGCCCUUCCCCUGCAGCCCCUCGCGCAAGGCAUGAUUCCAACUGAACUGCAGCAGCUCUGGAAAGAAGUGACAAGUGCUCAUAGUGCAGAAGAAACUGCAGGCAGCAAUCACAGCAGUUUGGAUCUGACCACGACAUGUGUCUCCUCCUCUGCACCUUCCAAGACCUCCUUAAUAAUGAACCCACAUGCCUCUACCAACGGACAGCUCUCAGUCCACACCCCCAAAAGGGAAAGUUUGUCCCACGAGGAGCACCCCCAUAGCCAUCCUCUCUACGGACAUGGUGUAUGCAAGUGGCCAGGCUGUGAAGCGGUGUGCGAAGAUUUCCAAUCAUUUCUGAAACAUCUCAACAGUGAGCAUGCGCUGGACGAUAGAAGUACAGCUCAAUGUAGAGUACAAAUGCAGGUUGUACAGCAAUUAGAGCUACAGCUUGCAAAAGACAAAGAGCGCCUGCAAGCCAUGAUGACCCAUCUGCACGUGAAGUCAACAGAACCCAAAGCCGCCCCUCAGCCCCUGAAUCUGGUAUCAAGCGUCACACUCUCCAAGUCUGCAUCAGAGGCUUCUCCACAGAGCUUACCUCAUACUCCAACGACCCCAACCGCCCCCAUCACUCCUGUCACCCAAGGCCCCUCCGUCAUCACCACCACCAGCAUGCAUACGGUGGGACCCAUCCGCAGGCGGUACUCAGACAAAUACAACGUGCCCAUUUCUUCAGCAGAUAUCGCGCAGAACCAAGAGUUUUAUAAGAACGCAGAAGUUAGACCACCAUUUACAUACGCAUCUUUAAUUAGGCAGGCCAUUCUCGAAUCUCCAGAAAAGCAGCUAACACUAAAUGAAAUCUAUAACUGGUUCACACGAAUGUUUGCUUAUUUUCGACGCAAUGCUGCCACGUGGAAGGGUGCCAUUCGCACCAACCUCUCACUGCAUAAGUGCUUUAUCAGAGUAGAGGAUGAGUUUGGGUCCUUUUGGACAGUUGAUGAUGAAGAGUUUAAACGUGGCCGCCAUAUUCAACGAGGCCGUCCUCGCAAAUACUGCCCCGAUGAAAACUUUGACGAGCUUGUCGCACAUAACCCUUCCCUUAUUAAAAACAUGCAAAGCAGCCACGCCUACUGCACACCUCUCAAUGCAGCUUUACAGGCUUCGAUGGCUGAGAAUAGUAUACCUCUAUACACUACCGCUUCCAUGGGAAAUCCCACUCUGGGCAACUUAGCCAGCGCCAUACGGGAAGAGCUGAACGGGGCAAUGGAGCAUACCAACAGCAACGAGAGUGACAGCAGUCCGGGCAGAUCCCCUAUGCAAGCUGUGCAUCCUGUGCACGUCAAAGAAGAGCCCCUCGAUCCAGAGGAAGCUGAAGGGCCUCUAUCCUUAGUGACAACAGCCAACCACAGUCCAGAUUUUGACCACGACCGAGAUUACGAAGACGAACCCGUAAAUGAGGACAUGGAGUGAGCGUCUCUGGGCAGGCCAACCCCAAGAACGAAGAUUGGGGGGGAAAAACACGUCAAAAGUCAGCAGUGAAAUUGUUCUCCAUUUGUUGUACAGUCUGGAGGAUUUUCACUCCAUUCGGACAACUCUGAAACGUGUUAACUCUGAGUGCCAUCAAGAAUCCCAUUUGGGAGUAUUUUUGAUUUUUCUACUUUUUGUUGAAAAAAGGAAUUUGUACUCUGUGCAUUGGAUGGACUUGUUUGGUACUUGGGAUUUUCCUCUCCUAACAGUCAACAUCAGUGUUGUAAAUUUGCUAAACUGAUUCACUUUUAGCAGCAGACUUUGAACUGCCGUCCUGCCGACGUGGGACACCGAGGACACCCAACUGAGCAUGUGCGUCUAAGCUGCAGACCAAGCCUCUGCCCAGAAUUUAAGGAUUCCAAUGGACGACCUAUUUGCACAGUACUGCAUGUUGAUUAUCACUGCCUUUACUCCCUUUUUUUUUUUUUUCGUUUUUGUUUUGCUUCCAGUUGGGAUGGGGAAGGCCUUUGUGUGUGUAUUGGGGGGAGGGGGUUAAAAAAAAAGUAAUUAUCCCAAACUUUUUAAUGUAUUGCUUUUUUUUUUUUUUUUUUUUUUUUUUGCUUCUACUAUACCAUUUUAAGUUCUGACCUCAGGCCUCCAUUUGGGCCCACGGCCUCCUGGAGGCUUAAAGUUUUCUGUACCUUGUGAUGAAUGUUAAUAGGUGUUUUUAUUAUACAAAGCUGAAUGUCAUUUCUCGUUUGUAGUUUUCUGUCACUCAUUCCAUUUUCCUUCAGACAUCACCACGUUUUCUCUAAAAUCAGAAAACAUUCCGUUUUGGUCUUUUUCAAAAAAGGUCCCAAAUGCUGCACUCUCUACACAUGAAGGUCCUCUCACACAGACCUGAAGUCCUGCCAGAAAGAGAAUGAAUGACAGAAAAAAAAAAGAGAGAGAGAGAGAGAGAGACACCCUAGGAACAAUGCAGAUUCAUUCCACGAAGCAGUAUUGGAGGUGGGAAGGGGGUGGUUUCAGUUUCUUUUUUGUUUUGUUUUUUGCAGCUACCAUCAUUGUCAGUAAAUGCCACAGCAUUCUGCGAGCACAAGGACACAUAGGCAGCACUACCCCCCCCCCCCCCCCCCCCAGAUUCUCCUGCUAGACGGACAGUGUGGCUGUGGAAGGCUCUCCCUCGGGUAACCAAGUUGCCAUGGGCCACAAGCUCUCUGAUGUUAAAACCAGGCUGGGUUGCUUUGUUUGCAAAAUGGCCAAAAAGCUGGCUUCCCUGAGCAACUCUGCUGAAAAGUGGUUGGCGGCGCUGAAUUUAAACAUCAGUCCAGACCUGCUUGGUGGCAUUAAUCUGUUUGAAUGCAAAUUAGAUUUCAGAUUGAAUUUGUGAUGGAAGUUAAUGAGGACUGAGUUCAGCAAAUGCUAAAGUGUUAAUUUCAAACGUGCAAAUUCGGUACUGCAGUUGAGUUUGUUAUGCAAUAUUAUCCCACCAAGCCAGUAUCCAAAACUAACAGUAGAAGACAUCGAGGAGACGGGGGUGCAUGGCGCCCCUGAGCGUUUGGAGAAAGAAACGUGGCAUAUGCCGAACGUGACGGCCCUCGGUCAGUACAACCUCAGUCCUUAGGAACCCCUCAAUGCUUCCACUCUGCACCCACUUUCCUGUCACUCAUUUAUUUAUCUAGGACCGUAGCUUUUGUUUUAGUUUGAGAGCCCUUUGGAGCUUAAUUUAUAUUCUUUGUACCUUUUUUUCUAAAAUUACCAAAGAUAUUACACAAAGGUAAAUUAUGUUCUCUGUUUUAUGCUUUAUCUGAUGAAGCCAAAUAUCCUCUUAUUGUUGAUCAAAGGAGGCGAAAGAAUUUUAGAGGCAAUUGAUGCGUUAUAGGCUAUUGCUAACCUGAGAAAGAGAACUCCUUCUUCAGAGAAGAAAUUUAGAAGACCAAGUAGGCAAUGGAACCAAAGUUGUUAUUUUUGUUAGUUUUUUUUUCUUGUUCUGUACCUCGACAGAGACCAAAAUUCCUGAAGAGAGAUUAUGGGGCUGCUGAAGGUGAAAAUGGGGCACAGUGUUACAGAAGCGAAAGAAGGAAGGGAGUCCCAUCUCAAAAACCUGAAUGGAUGCCACUGAAGAUUAGGGGUAACCAGUAAAGGAGACAGUUACGAAAAAAUGUAAAGAAAACAAAAGCUUCUACAUUGGAACUAAAUCACAGGCACAUUUCUAGAAUACAUUUUUGUUUUUCUUUUUACAGAAAGAGGUAUGCCACUUUGGUUUUAAGGACCGUGCUAGGAUCACUGCAUGAAUUAUGCUUUGUCUUGGCAUAUAUCUUCCGGUUUUUUGUUGGUUUUUUUUUUUUUUUUUUUUUAAUGUUUUCCUUUUUCCUUCCUUUUUUUCUAAUUAGGCUUUGGUCAGCAUUUUCCAUUGAAAGAAAAAAAAAAAAAGUAACACUCCCGUCCACUCAUGAGCUUGGUACAAAAACUUCUUUGGCCAUUUCUUUUGAAGCUUCACUGUGCUUUCUGUAUAAAGGGCAGUCUGUGGUCACUCGAGACUUUUUUUUUUUUUUUUUUUUUUUUUUAACUUUUCCAGGCAGCUUCAUGAUGUGCAGGCAGUAGCCAGACAGGGUCAUGGGAAGGGGGCCCUGUGCUUCUAAACUGAGUGGUUGCUGGUUCGUUUGGUAUUCAAAAGAGGAUAAAAAUCUGGUAGAUUAGUUCAUUCUCAGCAUGUGUAGCUAGACAUGAGUAAAGAUAACAGCAUGAGAAACUGUUAGUACGCAUACCUCAGUUCAAACCUUUAGGGAAUGAUGAAAAUAAAAAAAAAAAUACAUUUCACUCAGUUGCACUUAGUCGUAUGUCUUGCAUGCUUAGUCUAAAGACUGUAGCAAAAAAAAAAAAAAAAAAAAGAAAAAUUAGAUUUUACUUAUCUUUGCAGGUCUCCCAACCCUGCAGAAGAACCAAUUGAAAAAAAAAUUCUCAGGCUUUACAGCAAGCAAACUUCACUAUGAUUUUUACAAUUCUGAUUCUGUAUCCCUUGGGGGGGGGGUUAUUCCAGUCGCUUCUUUAGGAUGGGGUUUAUUAUGUUGUACAUAUAUUCCAAUGUGUCUUGUGUGAAUCUUUGUCUUUUUUGGGGGAGGGCAGAGGGCGGUUCUUUUUUUAGAUAUUGUUCCUAAAAAGGAAUAAAUGCAUACACCUGUUUGUCAAAACACCUUUGCUUUUUGUGCAACUGCUUUAUAUUAACGAUACUAAAAAAAAAAAAAAAUAGCUUUGGGAAAAAACUACUGUAUGUAAUGGAAUUGCAGAAUUUGCUGCACAUGUAUUUUAUUUAGUUAUCCUUGCUUUAAGAAUAUUGGAUGACAUUUCCUGACAUGUGGGAGGGAGAAAUUCCCUAACCUUUUUUUUUCUUUUAAAUUGUAACAUAGUUGACAGAUUUUUUUUUUCUGUUCUCAUUGAUCAGAGCAUUUUGUACAGAUUCGUGUGUGUGUGUGCGCGUGCGCGUGUGUGUUAAUCUGUUUUUUGAUACAUUCCUAUCCCUUGUGUUUAUCCCACCACUGCCUUCCUGGCUAUCUUAAACAAGUUCAUACAUUUGAAAAGAGAAAAAAAAAUGCUGUUUAAAAAAAUGUUUUCUCCUGCUGCAGUAAAUAUUUUGCAUGAUGAAAUUCCAGGGUCACACUUUCAAAGUUUAUCAGUGAAGUAGUGAUUAAUAAUGGGGAGUUGUCAAAGCUAUUGAACUUUUUUGUAUAAAAAAAAAAAAAACUUUACAAGGUGCCAAGAUGUAAAGACAAUUUGUUACUUUUCCUUUUCCUUUUUUUUUUUUUUUUUUUUCUCCAAAGAAAAGCGUACAUUAGGGAGACAGUCCCUUGUAUCGGGCAAAUGCACGGUCAGGAAUGAGAAUCCAUCCUACCUGUCCCUAGAGUCUGUCCUUGUAAGACAAGUGACGCUGCCCGCGUUGAAAACCAGCAGUGAAAUGAAAUAUCAAGGCUUCUGUACACGAAGAGUGACCGCCAACCUUGCCACCCUCGGACAGCGCUAACAUUACAGCCAGCAUUCCGUCAGACCUAGGAAAGAAUACCUUGGAUUCUUAACCCAAAAUCUGAUUGAUGUAAAUCACUAGCUAUUUUAUUGUGGGGGAAAAAAAAAAGUUAAAAAAAUAUCUCCUCUCCUUUCCACAUUCCAGCUGAGCUCCGUUUCCAAGGGUACAAAGAAGAACAUGCUUGUAAGGAUUUUGAAUCUUUUGGGUACCUGUUGGUUAAUGGUAUAUAUACCCUCUUGAUAUUUUGGAUGUUUUUGAAUGUUGGUUUCGCUUUUUUAUCCUGAGAAUGAGACUUAAAAUUCUAAAGGCAUUUUAUGGGGCCGGUGUAGUUCCCACGAUCUCUGCUACCCAGAAGCCUUGAUGAAGAUGGUCUAGUCCGGACUAUGAGCACGGUGCUUCGUGGAUAUGUGCUGCCAGUAACAAGAAUUUUUUUUUUUCUGUUUUGUUUUGUUUUGAUAAGGCAUAAAAGAAACUCAUUCCUUGACAUCAACUGUAAUUCCAUCAUUCCGUGUCUGUGGAUACAGACAAUAAAAAAAAAAAAAAUGUUGUGUAGUCAGUACUCAUGACUGACAUUAUAGCAUUCUCAAAUGCAAUAAAAAUGCUGUUUGUUCACACUGGUAGUAAAAA